ACUCGUGGUGUCAUAAAGUGGUCGAGAGAGCUGUGUUGUUUACUUUGUCAUUCAGACAGGAAUAUCAAAACAGGCCCGAUAGUGAUAGGUUAUUUCUGCCUAUUUUUAUCAGGACGUUUAACAACUUAUAAUCGAGAAUGGUGCUUUUAUUUUUUCAUGACAAAAUCAAAAUGGAAACAGGUGAACAUUCUCCGGAUUUGAAACGAGAAAACGAUAUGGAAGAAAACAGCAGCGAUGAUGACAAUGACAAUGUAAGUGGUAAUAUGGAGUCUAAUGUGAUGAGAGUGACAAACUUUUCCAUCAACGAAAUCUUAAAACCAGAAUUUGGAAUGAAAAAGGCACUGGACAUAAAUAUGACGUCGGCAUUUUCUGCCUUUACUCCUGUUCGUCAUCAGGAACAGCUUUUACCAAGAUGUGCUUCCGCCUCAUCGUCAAUAUCAUCGUCGUCAUCGUCCCCUCGUUCCUGUGGAAGUGUUCCCUCAUCCCCAGAAAGUUCCGGCCGCACCCCCAAAUCCCCGGACAACGAGGACCGCCCCUCUUUGUGGCCAGCCUGGGUUUACUGUACCCGUUAUUCCGACCGGCCCUCAUCAGGACCAAGAUCGAGAAAAAUGCGGAAGAAUAAGGAAAAGACGGUAGAUGAAAAGAGACCCCGAACGGCAUUCACGAACGACCAGCUACAGAGAUUGAAACGCGAAUUUGAAGAAUGUCGGUAUCUGACGGAGCAGAGGCGACUGGACCUCGCGCAGGAGCUUAACUUGACAGAAGCUCAAAUUAAAAUUUGGUUCCAGAACAAGCGUGCAAAGAUAAAGAAAUCCUCGGCACCCAGAAAUACUCUUGCUCUCAGUCUAAUGGCACAGGGCCUGUACAACCACUCCACAGUAUCCAUCAAGGACGAAGAAACGUAAUGCAGUGCCACAAACUCAUCAUAAUCAUAAUUUUAUUGAAUGACGCUCGAACUUGUUGAAUUUGCCGAAGAAACAUUGUCUUGUGUUGUUGUUGAUGAAUUUUACCGAAGAACAUUAGUUUUGUCAUGAAUUUGUUAAUGAUGAGAAUUAUUUGAUACGGUUCAUCAAACAAUGGACACGGUGGACAAUAUGUGCUAUUUAGGGACUCUAGUCGAACUGUAAGUUUAUAUGUAUACUUAUAUGAUAUAUGUAUACUUAUAUGAUGUCAUGAUUUAUCAUAAAACGAAUAUCGUAUUUUCAUUUUUGAAAUAUGCGGGAAAACGGGGUGUAUAUUUUCAUAUUUAUACAGUAAGAGGGAGCUAUGCUCAGCACCAAUACGAAGCCCUGUAACGGAACCAUCCGUCGAGAAAAAAAACUAACUUGAAUUAAUCUCUAUUACCGGAACGUUUCGUUAUAAUGCCAUCUCUAUAUUUUCACUUUGGCGAUAUAUUCAGUUACCGAAGUAUAUAUUUAUAAAACAAUUCUUAAGGAGAAUUUUAAUCAAAAUUAAUUGGUAUUGAAACUUAUAACGUUAAAUGAACAUGCAAAUAAAAACUGGGGCACCACACCGACGGUUUAACUCUACACAAACAAGGGAUAUUAAAAUAUGUCAAUUAGUUACGGUUGGACGAAUCAAUCUACAUUCGGCCUUUCCUGUGUGUGGAUAGAAUUGAAAUACCGACAUGCAUUGGGCAUUUCCACGCUAUUUACGUCUCUGUACUUAACAGAUUCCAAAAAUAUUCCAGAUACAUGGUAACUGGUAUAAGCAAUAACACCUAGAGUCGGUCGGUCUUUAAAGCGCCGAUCCGUUUUCUUGCCUGGAGUGUUUGGUCCGUUCCGUGGUAUCAUCAAUCAUUGCUCCUCUAAAAUUGACAGAUCCUCUCAAUCACACAUGCGACCAACUGCACACUAGUUCAGAUUGAGGAAAAGUUUGAUUUUCAAUCUCAAAGUUUAAUUUCAGAACUUUUGUGAUUGAGACAAAUAUGUCUUCCAUUUUUACUUCAGGUAUGUUUUAUAUUUAGUUUCAAAGAAUCCUGAUAUGAUAAAAUUAAAUUUAUAAUUUAUUUUGGAAGUCUUGGAUGUACGGUAGCUAUUCGUUAUUUAACCUGACACAUUAUUAUACACUUACUCAUAUAAUUACCGAGAUUGUAGAUUUAAUUUUAAAACUUUGUAAUACAUGUUUACAUCUUCAUACGUGGCAGUUGUCUUUAACACAUUGAUUUAAAUAAUAUGUUCACUAGCUUUGCCGACGUAGAUCUUACCGGUGGUAAUAACAUAGUAUUCACGAAACCGGAACGUGUAAACGGACUAAUGACGUCAUGUGAAGGGCUGCAACGAAUCUGUAAUAUAUUUUGAUUGGCUAAACACUCGAUUGUUCAACAUUUCUGUCAAAAUCAGAAUAAAAUGAAACGAAUUCAAAUGAUAUUGAUAAAGAAAUGUAUGGGAAGUGAGAAUAAAACUGUAUUGACUUUCACUUAUAAAAUAAUUUCGUUUAAACAAUUUUUAAUGUGAGAAUAUCCCGAAAAUAUUUUUAAAUAUUUUGUACGAGAUACAAGAUAUUUUCUGAAUUAUAAAGUAUAAAUUGUGAUCUUCCAGUAGACUACCUACAAUGAAUUACUAUUACAUAGAUAUUUAUGAUGCUGGGACUUUAUUUUAUGGAUGUGUGUCGCGUGUUGGACAGACGUAGGGGUCUCCUCCCAAUGUGUAGUUGCCAUGGUUACAAUGGCUCCAGUUUUUAUGACCUGUUUGUUUGAGAGGAAGAGAAAGUGAGAGUGUGGAUGGUAUUAUAUGUUUUCUAGAUGAGAGGACAAGAAAACUGUCUGUGAUAUUUUUUAUUAUUUCUUUUUCAUUAUUAUUGUGAACACUGUAUGUAUAAAUACCAAUGUGAAAUAAAAUACAGAAACAAACUUUAA